CUUCCUCUCUCAGCCACACAGGAAGCUGAGCCGGCUCAGGGCCCAGCCCUGAGAAAGCACAGGCCCCCCCCAGCGCCCCUGAGGAAAGGGCCCCGCCGGGCCAGCCCUGCAGGGACCAUGGGAUCCACAGCUGAAAGGGGUCUCCCUGCCCUGUUUGACUGGUUCUUCGAAGCGGCCUACCCUCCCUCCCUGCAAGAGGAUCCCCCCAUCCUGCGGCAGUUCCCCCCAGACUUCCGGGACCAGGAGGCUAUGCAGAUGGUGCCCAAAUUCUGCUUCCCCUUUGAUGUGGAAAGGGAGCCCCCCAGCACCGCCGUACAGCAUUUCACCUUUGCCCUCACGGACCUGACCGGCACCCGCAGAUUUGGUUUCUCCCGCCUCCGGGCUGGUGCCCACAGCUGUCUCUGCAUCCUCAGCCACCUGCCUUGGUUUGAAGUGUUCUACAAACUGCUGAACACAGUGGGGGACCUCCUGGCACAGGAUCAAGUCUCAGAGGUCAACGAACUUCUUCUACAUCUGCUGCAGCAGCCCCUUCCCGGGACCCAGGACUCAGUGGGGCUGGAGCUGGGCAGCGGAGUGAUGAUCUCCAGUGCGCAAGGCAUCCCGUCCCCUGGCCCCGGGAAGAGCAUGCCGCUUUCCUGCUUCGUGGCCCCCGACUCCGGCCGCCUGCCAUCCAUUCCUGAGAACAGGAACCUAACGGAGCUGGUGGUGGCGGUGACCGACGACAACAUCGUGGGGCUAUUCGCUGCGCUCCUGGCAGAGCGAAGGGUCCUGCUCACCUCCAGAAAGCUGAGCACCCUGACUUCAUGUGUCCACGCGUCCUGCGCUCUCCUGUACCCCAUGCGCUGGGAGCACGUGCUGAUCCCCACGCUGCCGCCGCAUCUGCUGGACUACUGCUGCGCGCCCAUGCCCUACCUCAUCGGAGUGCACGCCAGUCUCGCGGAGAGAGUGCGGGAGAAAGCUCUGGAGGACGUCGUGAUGAUGAACGUGGACUCCAAUACCUUGGAGACGCCCUUCGACGACGUGCAGGCACUGCCCCCAGAUGUGGUGUCUCUGCUGAGGCUGCGGCUAAGGAAGGUCGCGCUGGCUCCCGGGGAAGGGGUGUCCCGUCUCUUCCUCAAAGCCCAGGCCCUGCUCUUCGGGGGGUACCGCGAUGCGCUAGUCUGCGGCCCGGGCCAGCCUGUAACCUUCAGUGAAGAAGCCUUCCUGGCCCAGAAACCCGGGGCGCCGCUGCAGGCCUUCCACCGGCGGGCUGUGCACCUGCAGCUGUUCAAACAGUUCAUCGAAGGCCGACUGGAGAAGCUGAACACGGGAGAAGGCUUCUCAGACCUCUUUGAGCAGGAGAUCACCUGUAGCGGGGCUUCCUCAGGGACCUUUCGCUCCUACCAGCUCUGGGCAGACAACCUAAAGAAAGGUGGUGGUGCCCUCCUGCAUUCCGUCAAGGCCAAGACCCAACCAGCCGUCAGAAACAUGUACCGCUCGGCGAAGAGUGGCUUGAAGGGUGUGCAGAGCCUUCUGACGUACAAGGAUGGGGACUCUGGCCUGCAGAGGGGGGGCUCCCUGAGGGCCCCUUCCCUCACGAGCCGCUCAGAUUGCCUGCAGCAGCGCUUGCCUAUCACCCAGCACUUUGGACAGAACCGGCCCCUUCGCCCCAGCAGGAGACUCCAGCGGGAAGAGAGACCUUCUGAGUCCCUGGGGGAGGAGACACCCUCUCUGAGCCCCGAGGAUGCCCAGGGACCGUUGGCAGAGGAAGCUCUGGAUGGCAGCUUCCUUGGGUCCGGAGAAGAACUGGACUUGCUGAGCGAGAUUCUGGAUAGUCUGAGCGUGACGGCCACCCGGAACAGCAGCCUGCGGCCAAGCCAGAGUUUGGAUUGCUGCCACAGCCUGCCCGACAUACCAGGGAGAUGGAGAUGGCAAGCAGAUGACGAGAAACCACCAGGGCCCCAGCCCCUGUCCCUUUCUGUCGGCCUGCCGCCUCUGCACACCCCCCAGCCUUCAGAUGCCACGAGCGCCUCGAAGCACCCCACUUCCCAGCUGCCCUCAGAGGCCAGCCCAGAAAUCAUUUCUCCGUCCCGGUCUUCGACAGCUUCUGCAGACCCAAGCAGCAAAGGGGACCCCAGCUCCUCUCUCACAGAGCCCCAGCCUCUACGCCUCUCCCCCCCCCACGAGGCAACCCAGGAUCCCACAGCCCAGGAGAGUCCCUGCUCCCAGCUCUCCACAGCACCCAGCCCUCGAGAAAGCCCCCCACUGCUGACCCCCACAAAGCCCGACUCGGAUAUUACCUGGACAUCCCAAGUCCUUGAUUCUUUCUUGGACCCCGGUUCCCCACAGAACCCCAGAGCCCAGCCUUCGGAAGUCCUGCUCCCAGAGCGCACGCACCUCCAGCCCCACGAGGAGCCGGGAGCGCCCAGGUCCCCUGAUCCUCCUGCUGGGAACUGGCGGGGGCUCCAGGCCAGGAGCCGGCCCAGGGUUGCUGAGCUUAAAAAGUGUUUUGAAGGUUAAGCAUCAGGGGUCUGGAGGAGACUCUGGCCCCUCAAUAAAGCUGCAAGAGCCCAAAGCUUGCUUUUCCUGGUGGGUUUACCUGGGAGCCCUGUUUCUGCUCAGACACCCACCCCGCUCCCCACCUUCCCUCCCAAAGCAGCCUCCGGCUGGCUCUUAGGUGCAGCUAAAAGCCUUUCCCUUCCAGGAAGCCCUCCCAGCCCCUAGGACCCUAGAGACCUUACAAUUCAUCUCUCAACAGCCUAUGUGUCUCCUCCAUCUAGGCUAACUCCUGCCCCCACCAGCUCACAAAAAGGUUUUAUUACACCGCUCUACCCAUUGUAUAGAUAUAUAUAAAGUAAGCAGCCUCAGU